GAGAAACUCGAUGGUUCCUUUCAUGGUAGGCUCCUUUCAUGGCAUGCGGGCAAUCAUCGUAACUCAAGGUCUUUGUCUAUCUCAGAAAGACAUUAUCAUGCUCGGAGUCUAUUCUUCUCCCUCGAUAGAAAGAUGAUUUUGUUGAUUGCGAGCACAUAAUUAUUUUCAGUCCCAGAGAGUUGUUUGAAGAACCACCGUGAUACGAGAAUCAGAACGCCUUCGGCCUAUUAUCCAGCAAGACGAUUCACAAGCUAUGUCUGGAGAUAAUUGGCGGACGGAUCCUAGCCGCGAUGAAACGCCUUCGCGAUUUGUGAGGGGGAUUACUUCGACGAAUUCGCGCCAAUCUUCUCUAACGGGGAUGACACCGACGAACUGGCGCCAACCUCCUCCAACGGGCAUGACACAAAAUCCCAGCACAUCGACUACCGCCAAUUAUGGCCCCGGUGUCAGCACCAUUAAAUUUAUGGGAUCGAGGACCAAGUAUGAGUUUAUCCCAGGCAGAAUCGCUUGUAUCUGGACCUUCACUGAGGACCAUAAUAAUUUGACACGAGCCGACGUAGACCGAAAGAAGGAGGAUUUACUCACCCCGGAUAUUCCAGGAAUGAAGGCAAUGAAUGUGUUUGUUAAAACCCGCAAGGUUAUUGUCAUCGCGCGCUUUAUCGACCAUUGCAUAACAUUGCCAGUUUUUACGCAUAAAGGGUUCGGGCUUGAUUCAAAACCAGAGAUGAGGGGCGAAUAUGUCUCUAUUCGAAACAAGUUCGAUGUUAAUACAACCCCCGAAACGGAGCAUGGAUGCAUUUACACAACCACAACAGCAGCAGAGGCUGGCCGUAAAAGCGUAUCACCGCGUGCAAAUGUUUGGUUCACAUAUCCCGAAGCGUUAUCAUAUAGGAGUAGGGUUGAGUUCCUUGGUAACUUGGACCCUCCAUCCCUAAGCAAACUCUGCGAACUUUACUUGAUGGCGACUAAGAGUUCCCUAUCAACCACACUCGCCGGGUUGGAUCCUAUGAUGUGGAGCAAUGCCCCAUAUAGUCUUUGGAGUGAGAAGCGACAACGCCCAGCCGAUGAGACGGAGUUCGAAAAGCAGACAAGCCUAGCAAAGACGACCUGGCCCGCGAAUCAAACAUAUUCGACGGCGGGACAGGGGCAGACUUAUGCAGGUGCAGCAACCCAGAAAAGAACAUCGGGGCCGGCAACGGGGCAAACAACUGGCAACGCUACAGGAUUCCAACCUCUGAAGCGGGCCCGGGAACCUGAACCUUCGGAUGAUGUUACCACCAACCCCGUCAAAAGAGUGCAAAGGUAGGAGGAUACGGCGACGGUAUUGACGCGCAGAGAGGGGUGAGACAGAGAGGGGCAACGGAUAAGUGCAUGUUGUGGCCACGGUUUUAGGGAAGAAAACGGGCUGCUGUUUUAUUUGAUUUUUCAGUAACAAUGUGAAUUGGGUUUUGCACAGAGUAGUUGGUGUCUUUGGCUACUGUUUCAGAAGUUGGACUCAUUGUCUCCAACUGAUUUUGAAUAUUCUUUUGGGACUCUGCUUGAUUGAUUAGUAUAUAUGAAUGGAG